GCAUAUUAUAUAGAUUAAUUCCACCAAAAGCGAAAUAUUUCAAGCCUUUAUUUGUAUUAAUCUUGAUGAUUAUGGCUUACAGCUCAUAAAACCCCAAAAUUCAGUAUCUAAGAAUGUUUGAAUAUUACAUAAGAUAUAUAUUUUUAAUUAAUACAAUUAAAGGACUGAAAUAUUUCACAUUGGGUGUAAUGAGUUUCACUUUUUAAAUGGAAUUAUGGGAAUUAAUUAACUUUUACACAAUAUUCUAAUUUAUUGAGAUGCACCCGUAUAAUGGGAAAUACUAACUAUAUACUAAACUGCUGCAAUAGUUUGUCUAUUUACACUGGUUAGAGCUUGAUAACUGACGUCGUGUUGUCCAGCUAUAUUCCAGCCUCACUUUCUCUUAAUUAACACAAAACGACUGCUUCAAUCAAUACAAUAGUGUCUCAAUUCAUCAGCAUAUUCCCUUGCUGUCCUCCCUCUCCGUCCGUCUAUUACUAAACACAUUUUAAUGUUUAUGUAUAUUUUUAUUAUGUUGCACUGUAACCACAUUUUUUUUGCAUCCUGCGUAAAAUAAUUUCAAUGUACAGAAGGACCCUGCGUUUUCUCUGCACAAAUGACAGUAAAACAAUUUGACUUUGAUUAAUGCGCGGUUUAUGAGCCCUGUGAGGUGUGUUGUGGUACGUUGUCCUCUAGGUGUCGCAGUUUCACCAAUGACCUCCAUCCGGAGCUCAGCGAUGGACCAGCCCAUAGUGACCGGGCCCCUGCCCGGAUAGAGGACGCCUUGAUUAAGGUCUAAUGACGCCCAGUACCCCGAACCCGAAGGAAGACGCGGACCGCGGACGUCCACCCCUCUCCACGAGUACCACCCAACACCCCCCAUCCCCACCUGGGGGGGGCUCGCGGGUCGUGCGCGCGGAGCCGAGCAGCACGAGAGCGCAGCUCGCGCGCAUUCUGCGCUCUGCUCGCGGCAGUAAUCGGACGCACCGGAGGACCGGAUCAACUUCAGACCCGCCGCCCAACUUAGUUCGCGACCGCUGGUGGAGACGGGGGGAUGGAGGCGCUCAGGAGACCCUGAUCGAUAUCGGUGAUUAUCCGCGGAUGAUUAUUGGCGGAGUGGGGGCUUGAAGAUGAUGGCUUCGAUAGGGGAGUUCGACCCCCUCAACACGCGGGUUCCCGCCACCAAGAUAGAAGUUACCGUCUCGUGCCGGCAUCUCCUGGAUGUGGACACCUUCUCUAAAUCUGAUCCAGUGGUGGUUCUGUACCUGCAAGGCGUUGGAUCCAAGGAGUGGAGAGAGUUUGGCAGAACGGAAGUGAUUGACAACACCCUGAACCCAGACUUCGUCCGGAAGUUUGUCCUGGACUUCUUCUUUGAAGAGAAGCAAAACCUGAGGUUUGACGUAUACAAUGUGGACACCAGAAGCUGCAACAUCUCUAAACAUAAGGACUUCCUGGGCCAGACCUUCUGUACCCUGGGCGAGGUCAUCGGAUCGGUCGGAGGCCGCCUGGAGAAGACCCUCUCCGGGAUACCAGGGAAGAAGUGUGGUGUCAUUAUCUUGAGUGCCGAAGAACUCAGCAACUGUAGGGACAUCGCCACCAUGCAGCUGUGUGCCAACAAGCUGGACAAGAAGGACUUCUUCGGCAAGUGACCCUUCCUGGUGUUCUACCGCAGCAACGAGGAUGGGACUAACUGCGUGGGGAUAGAGGGCGUGCUCCAGGCCUACUUUGAGAGCCUGCGGACCGUCACGCUCUACGGACCCACCAACUUCGCCCCCGUCAUCAACCAAGUGGCCAACUGUGCUGCUGAGAUAACAGACGGGUCUCAGUACUUUGUGCUGCUGAUGAUCACAGAUGGAGUGAUCUCUGACAUGCUGCAAACCAAGGAGGCUGUGGUAAACGCGGCCUCCCUCCCCAUGUCCAUCAUCAUCGUAGGGGUGGGGCCAGCCGAGUUUGACGCGAUGGAGGAGCUGGAUGGAGAUGAGGUGCGAGUCUCCUUUAAGGGCCGUGAGGCUGAGAGGGACAUUGUACAGUUUGUUCCGUUCCGGGACUACAUCGACCGCACGGGGAACCAAGUGCUGAGCAUGGCCCGGUUGGCCAAGGAUGUGCUGGCCGAGAUCCCCGACCAGAUCCUGUCCUUCAUGAAGACCCGCGGGAUCGAACCCCGACCCGGCCUCUCCUGCUCCCCCCUGCCAGACCUCCCAGGACACAUCUGACCCCCUACUGAGCAACCGCAGACCUAUCUGACCAAUCACAGAGCUAUCUGACCCUACCGACCAAUCCCAGAGCUAUCUGACCCAACCACAGACACAUCUGACCCCACUGACCAAUCACUGACCAACCACAGACCUAUCUGACCCUACUGACCAAUGAAAGACUUAUCUGACCCUGACUGACCAAUCACAGACCUAUCUGACCCCACUGACCAAUCACAGACCUAUCUGACCAAUCACAGACCUAUCUGAACCGCACUGACCAAUCACAGACCUAUCCGACCAAUCACAGACCUAUCUGACCCCACUGAAUAACCAGAGACCUUUCUGACCAACCAUAGACAUAUCUGACCUCCAUCAUAUCUGACCAUCAUAUCUGACCUCCAUCUUAUCUGACCUCCAUCUUAUCUGACCUCCAUUGCAGACCUAUCUGACCUUGUUUCCCGCUAUAAGAUGGAAUAGUUUGUCCAUGAGUUUGCUUCGUGUCUUGGUCAGAUAUGGUCAGUUGGGUGUGAUAUUAAGAUCUGCAAAUCAUGUCUAAGGCCGCGUUCACAUCUAGCAGUCAGCCAGUAUUCAUGAGGGAGGGUUAGGGGGAAAUAGAGUCAGCCAAUGAACAACCAGUAUUGACGAGGGAGAAUCAGGGGGAAAUAGAGUCAGCCAAUGAACAGCCAUUAUUAAUAAGGGCGGGUCAGAGGGAAGUCUAGACUGGAUUUAAAAUGCUGAGAAUGUCAAUUGAAGAGGAGCAGGGGAGGGCUGGCACCACCGCAUUCAUUACUUGUUCUUCUACAUCCGCACACACGCGCAUGCACGCGCACAAACACACACACACAAACACACGUACACACUCUCACAGACACACUUGUGUGAGCCACGCCUGGCCUCUUCUGCCCAGCUGGGUACAGAUUGGUUACCCCCCCUACCCCCCCAAACCCCCCACCACUUGAGAAAUGCCAAUCUCUGAACCCCCAUGGGGGGCUGUGUGCGUGUGUGUGUGUGUGUGUGUGUGUGUGUGUGUGUGUGUGUGUGUGUGUGUGUGUGUGUGUGUGUGUGUGUGUGUGUGUGUGUGUGUGUGUGUGUGUGUGUGUGUGUGUGUGUGUGUGACAGAUGAGAGUGGAGUGAAGGAUACGGUGUCAGAGAGACCACAUAAAGGAGUGGAAAGAUAGAGAGCCGAUUAGAGAGAGAGAGAGAGAGAGAGAGAGAGAGAAUGGAGAUGUGCGAGAGGUAUGGAGAGAUUCAGAGGAAGAGGAGGAAGGGGGAGUUAGAGAGAUAGGGAGGGAGAGAAAGCCAGAGAGAGGGAAAGGAUUGGAGAGAGAGGGAGAUGGGGGGGGGGGGGGGGUGAGAGAGAGAGAGAGAUGGAGGGAGAGAAAGAGAGUGGGGGAGGGGGGGUGGAGAGAGAGAGGAAAGAGACAAGCGAGAAGGAAGUAGAGAUUGGGAGAUGGGUGGAGAGAAGGAGAGAACAAUGAGAAUGUUUAGAGAGAGAGAGAGAGAGAGAGAGAGAGAGAGAGAGAGAGAGAGAGAGAGAGAGAGAGAGAGAGAGAGAGAGAGAGAGAGGGGGUGAGUGGAGGGAGAGAUAGAGGGAGAGAGAGAGCAUGGGACAUAGAGAAACAUCAGAUCAAAGUGUCUGGCUGGAGAGGGUGUUUGAUAUAUUGCGUCAUCCCAACACACGUUCAGAAAAUCAUUAGUUGUUCCUGUUUUGUGUGUCAUUCACAAAACUAACCAGACAUGCAGAUGUAUCUAAAAGCAAUAGUCCUAAUACAUACACGUGUAAUACUUUGCCCAUCAUUACGCCAAUCCAUUCUGUCAGAGCUUGAUACAGGCUGUGGAGCAGAUGAACACUCCCAUCUAGCGGCCUGAGUGUGCAACUACACGCUUAAAGCCCCAUUCCGCUUCUACUAAUUAACAUCUUAAUCAGAGGGUAUAUCUCAAAGCAGCUGUUGACUUUGUGUAUCGGUUUUCCAUGUUGCUGCAUGAAGAUUCUCUGAAUCGCCGAUUUAGUGUCACGGCAGGACACGAACUACUGAACUUUCAGAUGCAUGAGUUGUUUCUUCGCUCAUCGACGUCGUAACGUUAAACCGUGUUCGCGCACACGCUGCCGAUACAGUCGUCCGAUCGAUAAUCUAUACCAGGUAGCUUUAUAAUGUAGGCUACUAUACUAUCUUGUUGGGUAUAUCUGUGAUCCGCCACCAUUCUGCUGGAUGACGAGGGUAUAGAUAUCGGGGCAGGAUGCGACUGGACGUUUCUCGACUCUUUACUGUUCCAAACAUCAUCUCCAUGAUUAUGAUCCAUCCUUGCAAUGAUCAAUAUUUGAUGAAUUCGAUAUUCAUUCGUUUUUCUGCACAUAAUCCAUAAAGUGGAACGGUUUUUAUUGACUCUAUUUGUGAUUCACCCCAAAAAGGACCUGUUGUAAUAGGCUACUACUUGAUCGUGUUUCUGCUGUUCAAUAUUCCCGUCCUGUUUACUGCACUAAGAGAACAAUGUCGUGUUCUGCAUGUCUGAGAACUAUACGAAGUGUUGUGUUUUUACUAAGCGUGAUGUUGACUGUCCAAAAAUAAUAGAGAGAUUGAGGUUAUAUCUCAUCAUAUAGGCUAUGCACUCCACUCAACGCUGUACAUUUGGAAGCUGUUUAAAGGUGCUGUUUGUAAGAUUUAGGAGCUGUUUUUUUUUUCAUUAUUGGAAUGGCAUCGACAACCCGUCGGCUAUUAGUGAGUACAAUUAUCUGUUCGAAUAUCGGUUUCAAAUCACCUGAAUCUGUAUGAGCCGAUUUAAAUGUAAUGAUCGCUCCCUGGCUUAUUUCUUACCAUUCGGGGCAUCUCUUCCCUGAUUGAGGCGCAAUCUUACCUUUUGAUCCCAGAUGUGUAUUUUUCUCACUUCUCAAAGGUGGAAUGGAGGUAGGGAAGGAGCACAGAAGGGAGGGGAGGUUUUUGAGUGAUUUAGUUUCAGCGCCAUGCCGCCUUGUGUUUACAGCUCUCCAAUCUUACUCACAGCAGCUUUAUCGCGGGACAUGGCGAUGUUUUGUGUUUCCAGGUUUUUCUAACCAAACGAGAUGGUGUUUUACUUCUUGUGGUGCGGCGUGUCCCCGAGAUAUGUGCGGAGAAGCUAGGACACAACAUGGAGGGGAUGUCUCUCAUGCUGUGUCCUUCCUUGUUUUAGUCUGCACGUAAUCUAUAGGUUCACACUUUGCAUACGUCGGACAACCACAGACCAAUAGGAAAACAGGUACCAUCACUGGUGAAGGUGUUGUUUGAUGAUGUCUUUGUACUGAGUCUUGUGUCUUAUAAAUAUACAUAUAUUAAUAUAUACAUAUAUACCACUCGGUACGUACUAUACACUAGUCAAGUCAACAUACCAAAAACAUGAUGGUCAAGUGUUUCUUAGUCAGUACUGCAGAAUGUUAGGGUGAAGGUCAGAGGUCAUGACCUCAGGACACGUAUAUACUGGGUCUGUUUCUACAUUCAUGUAUCCAGUGGGAAUGUAGUGUUGUUGAAACUUAGACUGGAGGGAUAGUAUUCUGUGUUUAUGCAGGAGGUAAUCUCGUGGCUGUCACUUUCCAUUAUUUUCACAGUGGUUUAGAAUAGGCCUCAUUUUGUUACCGCAGUUACCACAUUAAGUAUUAAAAGUAUUUUAAUUAUC